UUCAGGCACAGGUCGUUCGACGGCAUCAGCGACGAGAUCCUACGGCGAUCCUCUUCCCGCGUCGGCCGAACCACUUCGUCCGAGUCCCUCCUCCCGCCCAGCGAGACCCACUCCGCCGCAACCGGCGACCCUCACCCCGCCUCCGACGGGGGUGGCCGCCCGCCUCCGCAAUCGCUCCCGCCGAAGCAACCGUACCACCGGACGUCCCGCUUCCGCGAGGAAACCCCCUCCGAACCUCUUUCCCCCGCCGCAACUUCUCGGCGGACUUUCCGCAGCCGCUCCCCUGCUCCGCCUCCGGCUGAGGCCGAAGAGGACGCUGCUCAGCGGCAGCCUCUGCUGUCGCCGCCGCGGAAUUUGGUGGAGUCGGCUUUUCGGAGGUCGGUGUCCUCGAUCACUUGCUCGCUGGAGACGCUCACUGGGCUGGAGAAAGAAAAGGGGUCCGACCGUAGGAAAGCCAUCUCCUCCUCGUUGAAGGCCUGCAACCGGCUGCCGGAGUCGUCGCCGCCUGAAAACAUGAGGCAGAUCAAUGCGUUCCUUAGGAGGCAGAGGAAGAUGAUCGGGAGGAUCUCCCGCGGCGAAGCGUCGGCCAAGGCGAAGAUCAUACUCUCUGGAUCGUCUAACAGCACGACGAGUUCGAUGGUGGCAGCCAUAUGUUAUGCGUGGUUAUUAUGGAAUAGGGAGGAGAAGGAGGUGGUGGUCGUGCCGGUGGAGAACAUGGAGAGGAGGAGGAUGACCAAUCACAAGCAAGCUGCUUGGCUCUUUUACCAUGUUGGAAUUGAUGCUUCGGCAUUGCUCUUUGCCGAUGAGGUAGAUCUGGAGAAUCUUUUGAUGGCCAACAAACUAGCCAUGCUUGUCAUCGGGCAGGAUGUGCUGAAAACUAACAAUGAGGUGGGUUCUCUGUGCACAAUUCUCACAGACAACUAUUGUGAAGAAGCCUAUGAUCUACUUCAGAAUCCUAACUUGAAAAAGCUUUUGCUUGCAGGUAUUCUCUUAGAUACACAAAAUCUUGAUGAUACUGCUCAGUUUGUUACAAAGAGAGAUGAAGAGGCAGUACGGUUGCUAUCAGUCGGUUUUGCUCCCAACUACAGACAAGAAUUUUUUUCUCAAUUGAUGCAAGAAAACAAGGAGAAUUUAUUUCUUGAAGCUCUGAAGAACAAUUAUGGGAUGCUUUCUUGUGAGACAAAAGAGAAGUCACCACCGGUGCAAGCACCAAUUCCAGUGCCGCUUCCAGUGAAGGCACCAGAAACAAAUUCUCGUGGGAAGAGCAAGUUCUUUUUGGCAAAGUGGUUUGGUUUUGGUUCAAAAUGAUUUAAACUUUCCAAUUUGUGCCUAUAUAAGUUGGGUGAGAAAGUUGAUCUCUUGAUAUUUAGACUGAUUACAUUCAUUUUAUAAUAGAUACAUGGGACUGACUGUUGUUGUAGUUUGAAAACAUGCUUUUGGAAGAUGUCUGCACCAGUGCAUCAUAUGAUCUUGAGGAGGCAGAGCUCAACAUAGCCACUUGUCGAGUCAUAUUUUCUGUUAUACAAUUAUCUUUAUUUCCUUUUUUUUUUUCAACGAGUAAAAAAAUAGAGCAGACUCCAUUGUCACAAGUCCACUAUUGUAUUGGGAUAAAACUUGCCUCCUCGAUAUUAUAUGAAGGGAAAUAAUCUUGUGAUCCUCAGGUA